GGGUUCCGGGUGCAGCGGGUUCCGGGUGCAGCGGGUUCCGUGUGAAGGAGGCCGAUUAACCCCGGAUCUGCCGGGGAUUAGAGGCUGAGGGAGGACUGACCGCCGGAGCAGCUGAGAGGAAGGGGCGGAGAGACGGCGGACCCCGGCCAGCGAUGGGAGAGACGGCAGUAGGAGGGCAGUGAGCCGCGGACCGGGGAUUAUUCACUAAACGAAAAACAUUGAAGCAGGGAGAGUCACGAACAUGGACACGGAAUCCGACUGCAGGAGAAAGUGAGCGAGCCCCGGAUACCGGCCGCGGAGCGUCCCCGACGAGCCCCGGAUACCGGCCGCGGAGCGUCCCCGACGAGCCCCGGAUACCGGCCGCGGAGCGUCCCCGACGAGCCCCGGAUACCGGCCGCGGAGCGCCCCCGACGAGCCCCGGAUACCGGCCGCGGAGCGUCCCCGACGAGCCCCGGAUACCGGCUAUUCAAUGGCUGCUAAAGAUUACGAUCACUUGUUUAAACUACUACUCAUCGGAGACUCAGGUGUCGGGAAGAGUAGCCUCCUCCUCCGAUUCUCGGACAACUCCUUCUCUGGGAGUUACAUCACCACCAUCGGCGUGGACUUCAAAAUACGGACUCUGGUCCUUGACGGAGAACGAGUGAAACUACAGAUCUGGGACACGGCCGGCCAGGAGCGAUUCCGGACCAUCACAUCCACGUAUUACAGGAACACUCAUGGGGUCAUCGUGGUUUAUGAUGUCACCAACCCAGAAUCCUUUGUGAAUGUGAAGCGCUGGCUGCAUGAGAUUACCCAGAACUGCGACUCGGUGUGCACCGUGCUGGUGGGCAAUAAAGACGACGACCCGUCCCGGAAACGCGUGGACUCCGCAGACGCCAAACGAUUCAGCGAUCAGAUGGGGGUCAAGUUCUUCGAGACGAGCGCCAAGGAGAACCGCAACGUGGAGGAGAUGUUCCUGUCCGUCACCCGGCUGGUUUUGCGCACGAAGAGGGAGAACCAGGCCCGGCUGCGGCCCACCGAGGUGGUGACCAUAAGCAAGACCAAGAAGAAGCCCCACGUGAAGAAAUGCUGCUGACCUCUGACCCCAGGUGUCAGAGGGUCCGUCUGGAUAGGACUGGAAAGACUGAUGGGGCUGCGGGACCCCCGUGUAUGAUCAGGACACGGAACGGGCGGGGAGGGGGGAGUGGGGGGCAAAUGGUACAGUGAAGGGUAAGUAGGUUGGAGUGAAGGGUCGCUUGUACUCGAUACCGGGGUACUUGGGCUUUUGGAGCUCUGUGUAUUGGGGCAGUUUUAGGUUAGUGGUAUGAUUGGGGGUAAAAGGGGCAGUUUUAGGUUAGUGGUAUGAUUGGGGGUAAAAGGGGCAGUUUUAGGUUAGUGGUAUGAUUGGGGGUAAAAGGGGCAGUUUAGGUUAGUGGUAUGAUUGGGGGUAAAAGGGGCAGUUUAGGUUAGUGGUAUGAUUGGGGGUAAAAGGGGCAGUUUUAGGUUAGUGGUAUGAUUGGGGGUAAAAGGGGCAGUUUAGGUUAGUGGUAUGAUUGGGGGUAAAAGGGGCAGUUUAGGUUAGUGGUAUGAUUGGGGGUAAAAGGGGCAGUUUAGGUUAGUGGUAUGAUUGGGGGUAAAAGGGGCAGUUUUAGGUUAGUGGUAUGAUUGGGGGUAAAAGGGGCAGUUUUAGGUUAGUGGUAUGAUUGGGGGUAAAAGGGGCAGUUUAGAUUAGUGGCGGUAAAGUAUAAGUGGCUCGGCUGGGUUCGUUUCGUAUCCGUUUAUUAAUGAUUAUUAUUCGCGCUUCCCCGCCUCAGCCAAUCAGAAGCCUCUGUCCUCUAAGCCUCCUCUAUAUAUUUCUACGUAAUUCCUCCCCGUGGCUGUACAGGAAGCUGAUUUUUGCAUCUAACAGAAUAUUAAUUUGAAUAAUAAAAUGCACUUUGGUAUAA